AUGUAUUGCAGCUCCAAAGUGGCAAAUAAUUUCUUGAAGAUUGAAAAGUUUAAUAAAAACUUCGAUUAUCAGAAGCAAAUUAAUGAAAGCAACUUAAAAGGUAUAGGUAACAAUGGUAGUCACAGAAGAAUGUCUGCUCUAGAGCUGGCAAUUUUACCAGGAAUCAAGCAUGAUACUCAGCUUCCUGUUUUACAAAGAGAGAAGUCUGAAUCAGAACAGUUAACUAUAUUCUAUGCUGGGAUUGUACAUGUUUAUGACAAUCUUCCUGUUGAAAAGGCACAGUCUAUUAUGGAUUUUGCACGUGAAAGUUCAUUGUUUUCUGGUUCUACUAAUGUAAAAUUUCCCCCCAAAGAAGCUGAACCAAAUCAGAAAUCCCAAGUUCCAUUUGCGUGCAAGUUCCAAGCAGAACUGCCAAUUGCCAGAAGGAAAUCCCUGAAGAGAUUCUUCGAGAAACGCCAUAACAGGAUUAUAAGUAAACACCCUUAUGCCUCUCCUGUUAUUACUCAACAUGAAGAUGAAUGUAAUGAUCAGAGUGGAAAUUAUAGUUUGAAGGAAAAGAAUAGUUAAUAUACUCUUCCACCAGAAAAGUUGCUCUUUCUAUAUGAAGCUAAGUAGGGCUAGCUUUUGAUGGAUUAAGACAAUAUUUUUCUUUCUUCUUGAACAUUAUUUACUGUGCCCUUUGUUCUAUAGUUCUAACUCCUGGCAAUGGACAUCUCACUGUGUUCGAAGAACUUUGUCAAGGAAGUAAGCAAUUCAGAUUCGAGU